AUCAGUUAGUUUAAUAAUUAGCAUAUAUUAAUAAAAUAUAACUAAAAAAGUAAUUUUAAAAAACAAUGACAACAACAACAAAACAUUUAAUAAAUGCAAUCGAAAACAGUGUUUACGAGAAUUUGUUGGGUUUGGUGUCGACUAACCAUUCCUUACAAGUGAUUCCUGAAUGCAAUUCUGUUAUUCGCAAAGAUUUUCUUACUUAUCGACAAAAGUCUAAUGUUUUGCUCAUUAGUGGCGGUGGUUCAGGACACGAACCCAUGUUUGCCGGGUUUGUGGGAAGUGGUCUAUUGACGGGUGCCGUCGCAGGAAAUAUAUUUGCUUCUCCGCCACCCAGAAGAACGUUGAGACUCAUUGAGACCAUUGCCGACAAAAGUGUAAAUGAAAUAUUAAUAAUAAUAGCCAACUAUACGGGUGAUCGGCUUAACUUUGGCUUAGCCCGAGAGCACGCAAUACUCAAUGGCUAUAAUGUAGACGUUUUUAUAUUUGGCGAAGACGUUGCCUUUUAUGGCGAAGGAAAGAGUGCCGGUAGAAGAGGGUUAGCCGGCAUUACAUUCGUACACAAAUUGGCCGGUGCUUUGGCUGAAGAGGGAAAUAAUAUGAAACAAAUCAAAGAAGCUCUUAAUAAUUAUUCACCACUUAUUGGUACCAUUUCUAUAAGUCUCAACUCAUGUAAUAUUCCCGGUUUAGGCAAUUCUUUUGAUUUGGCUUUCGAUGAGAUAGAACUGGGACUUGGAGUUCAUGGAGAGGCCGGUGUUGAGCGUAUGAAACUGAGUUCGGCUCGGGAUGUGGUCAGUGUUAUGCUUCAACAUUUGGUCGGAAAGACAUCACCUUUAUUUGAAUCAAUCAAGAAGUAUAACAACAGAAUUGUCAUUUUGUUUAACAAUACGGGCGGACUCUCGAUGUUUGAGUUAAAUAUCAUAAUCAAUGAAACCAUCACUCAAUUAGAAGCACUUGAUUUACAAAUUGAAAGAUUAUAUUUCGGGUCAUUCAUGACAUCCUUCGGUAUGUCUGGCGUUUCAAUUACCGCUAUGACUGUUGACAACAAAAUGUUACAUCUAUUGGACAGACCGUCGUCUUCAAGCGCUUGGAAUCAAUUGGUUAAUACACCGAAAAUACUCAAUCGAUCGACUAUUUUGAAAACACAACGACAGAGUUCACAAGUGAUUGACUUUGAAUCCAUCGAUGGUCUCAAGUUUGGUAAACAAUUAUUCUUGAAAUGCAUUGAAUUGUCGUGUAAAGCAUUAAUAUCACAUGAAAAAUAUUUGAAUGAAUUGGACACUCAAUUAGGUGAUGGAGACUGUGGUUCAACACUAAGUACAACAGCAAAACAUUUGCUUCAACUCAUAUCAAAUAAUGAAUUGAAGCCAUCAUUCAUUCAAUUAUCUCAAUUGUGUGAGAAUAAUAUGGGCGGCACUUCCGGUGCAAUCUAUAGUCUUAUGUUUACUGCCGCCUCUCAGGCCGUGCGGGCAAACAAUGAUCGCAUCGACGAAAAAACUUAUGAUUACUUAGAUUUCUGGAGAGAUGUCAUUAAAUACAGUUUGGAUACAAUCACUCGUUACAGUUCAGCAAAACCUGGCGAUCGAUCGAUGCUUGAUUCACUGUACAGCGUCUAUCAGGUAUUAGAUUCAUGCGAUCAUAAUUUGACUUACAAUCAAAUUGCAAAUCUUGUAUCAAAGGGUGCUAAGAGUGGAGCCGAAAGUACGGCAGCGAUGAAAGCUAGUGUCGGAAGGGCUUCGUAUGUAAAUCUGGAUAAAGUGACUAAACCAGAUCCCGGUGCUAUUGCCGUUUCAAUUUGGAUUAACGCUAUCGCACAAGCAUUCAAUGAAUUUGAUAACAAAGUUUAA